AAUCGAUUAUGGUUUGUGUAAACCAUACGCAUUUUUAGAUAGUAGGUGCAUGCGACCCUUUUAAUAAAGAAAACUUUAAGAUAAACCAGUGAAUAAAAUAGCUGAUUUCUUUUCCAAUUGUAAGUGCAUUCACACCAAGUUUCAGAUUUUCUUUUUCUACUGUGAUGUCUCAUAACUUUAUUUAUUCUAAUCAACAGUUUUGCUUGUCAUAGUGAACUAUCGUACAGUCUUAUCUUCUAUUGUCAUUAAUGUUAAAAAGCCAAAAACAAUAGUUUGCUUUUUAGUUUCGAUCAUCCUUAAAUUGAUUUUCGAUACUAAUUCAGAAAAAUGGCAAUUAUCAUAAGCAUUUUGGUGAUCAUCCUCUGCUAUACAACACUAGUUGUCUCAAAGUGGGCGAUAGGCAGAUAUAAAAAGCAUAGAUUGCUGAAACAAUAUGGCAUUCCAGGACCCAAACCAGAUUUCUUCACUGGUAAUCUUGAGCAACUUAAAAAAGAACCAACUCCGAAUGGUGUUAUCACUGGAUGGUUAAAGAAAUACGGAAAUGUUUUCGGAUACUACAUGGGGGAUUUACCAUUUAUUGUCAUAAAUGAUUUAGAGAUGUUGAAACAGGUAAUGAUAAAAGAUUUUCAUGUUUUUGAAAAUCGUCCUGCCAUGGUUAUAGACAUGAAACCGAUAGACCAAUCAAUUCUGUGCGUUGAAGGAAAGAGAUGGAAAGAAGUUCGGUCACUUCUCACGCCGACUUUCAGCUCUGGCAAAAUUAAACUCAUGUCAAAUAUCGUCACAAAAAAGGUUGAUGUUACUGUCGCUGAAGCCACAAAAAAAGCAGAGAGGAAUGAGCCAUUCGAUAUCUACAACUUGGUCCAGGGUUUAACGCUGGAUGUCAUAGCAGACUGUGCAUUUGCGAUGAAGACGCACUGUCAAGAAAAUACCAAAGACGAAUUCUUAGUUGCCGUACGUAAAUUCCUUGAUGAUUCUCACAAUAGAGCUGUGGAGUAUGCUUAUAUGUUCCCAUUUGUGAGGCCACUCAUGAAUGUUCUCCUCAAUUACACGACAGUUGGAAAGAUGUCAACAUUAAUAGCAAACAAUGUGACCCAAGCCAUUAGAACCAGGCAGGAAAACUCACACAUUAGGAGCAUGGACCUUUUACAACUGAUGAUAGACUACAGUAAAAAAGAUAAGGCAGAAGGAAGUUCUGGCAUGACAGAUGAAGAGAUCGUCGCCAAUGCUUAUAUCUUUCUACUAGCUGGCUAUGAAACAACAGCCACUGCUCUAGGCUUUACGUUCUAUUUGCUGAUAACACAUCCAGAAGUGCAAGAGCGUCUUUUCCAAGAAAUAGAUGCAGCUGAAGAUUGUGACUAUGCUACUCUUCAAAGUUUGCAGUAUUUAGAUCAAGUUUUCAACGAAUCUCUCCGUCUUUAUCCUCCAUUAACGGGAUUCAUUACCAGAGCAUGCGCACAAGACCACCAGGUCGGUAAAUUUACAAUUCCCAAAGGAUCACAUGUUUAUGCUCCCAUAUGGGAUAUACAACACGAUCCUGAUUUGUGGCCUGAUCCAUGGACGUUUGAUCCUGAACGCUUCUCUCCAGAAAACAAAGGAUCCAUAAACAGCAUGGCUUUUUUUCCAUUUGGUAUUGGACCUAGAAACUGCGUUGGCGCUCGGUUUGCUCAACUCGAGGCCAAAUUGGCUAUAUUUAAACUUUUGAAGAAAUUCAAAUUUGAGAUGUGUGAAAAAACAGAUCAUCCCAUAAGUAUCAUUUGUCCCACCGUUAUCAUCAAUCCUGCAAAUGGAGUCUGGUUGAAGGCUGUUCCAAGAACUGCGUAGAUACUGUGUAUAAUGAAACUUGUAUUCGUAGAAUUACGAAGAAAAAUGUAGUAUAAUAGAAUCUUGUAAAUAAAUGUUUUAUGUUCAAAUAUCAAAUUUGGGAGGAAAAACUCUUUACUACACUCUGUAACAAAAAACUAGACGCACCAAGAAGGAGU